AUGUGGCCCAGCAACAAACCUUUCCAUCAUCUUUGGGUUAAUGCAAACCGCAAAUCUGGCAGUUACAAGGGAGAUGAAGUUUUGUCAAUUUUUAGAGGUGUUUUAAAUCCAAUUCAGGUUAUAGAUAUAGCAUCAAUUCCACCAGAGAAGGCUCUGAAGUGGCUGCCAACAAAAUGUAAAAUUCUGGUAGCAGGAGGAGACGGUACUAUCGCCUGGGUGUUGAAUGCCCUACAUGGAUCUACUCGCGUGAAGGCUUGUGUAGGAAUUUUACCGAUGGGCACAGGAAACGACUUGUCAAGGUCUCUGGGCUGGGGCCCGGGCAAUACAGACUUGGAUGCCCAUGCGAUUAUAAGCAACUUGCUGAGAGCAGAUGAGAUUUUACUUGACAGAUGGAAAGUCACGAUCAAGCCGAAGCGUACCCGUCUGGGGCGGUGUCGGGAGCGCGUGCUGUACUCGUACAACUACACCAGCGUCGGUGUGGACGCCCAAGUCGCGUUGGACUUCCACCGCGCCCGAUCACAGUUCCUGUACAGAUAUGCUAACAGGACGCUCAACUAUAUGGCGUACGCGGUGCUGGGCGCGGGGCGCGUGUUGGACGCGGGUUGGUGUGACGCGCUCGAGCGGCGGCUGCGCGUGUGGACGGGUGCGGGGGGCGGGGCGAGCGGCGCGGGGGGCGGAGUGCAGUUAGAUCUGCCGCCACUGCAGGCGCUUGUUCUGCUUAAUAUCACGUGCUGGGGCGCUGGCGUCCGCCUCUGGGGGGCUUAA